AUGCGAUUGCCUCUCAUCAUUUUUGCACUUCUUAUCCGUCCAUCUUUUGGUGCUUCGCCUCCUCUUGCUACCCCACAAGCUCCUACGCACGAACCUAUAGAUCUCGAACUAAGACUCGGCCUGCCAUCUGCAACUUCGAAGAGAGAGAUUCCUGCCAUCCCUCGUGAAUACACGUCUACUGAUAGUAUAGCAACGACAAGAACAGGACAAAAACGGAAGCGCAAAACAGAAAAUCAUACCACAUUUUCGUCUACAAAGACCACAAAGCAACUUACGCCUCAGCAAUUGGAAAGGCAAAGGGAAAGGGUGCGCUUGCAAGCUCAAAAGAAUAGACAGAGGAUCAUGGAUCAGGGAGCCGAAGCCAUUGAAGAAGAAAAGAAGAAACAAAAGGUCUAUAACCACAACUAUAGAACAAGGUUAUAUCAAGAUCCAGUAAGACUUUUAUAUCAUCGUAAAGUGAGACGUGCUGCGGCUAUGAGGCGGUAUAACGCGAAAAUUUCAGAUAAUGCAACUGCAAAAGAUUUCAGACUUGAGAACAAUGAAGCGACAAGGGAAAAUUACAAAAAACGCAAAGAGCAUCAACAAGGACACAUGACGCCAAAAUGA